AUGGACGACCGUGGACGGCCAAUUCGGUCGUCCUCGAGGAGGUCAUCCACUCAGAGAAUCAAACCGCGUGCCCGAGCAUCCAACCAGUCGCUCCACAGCGCUGGCCGACCGCAGGAGAACACGACCUUCACCUCAUUCGAACCCUUUUCGCCGCCGAACAACGUCACGUCGAGUUACAACAGCACUGCGAGUACCACGACGAAUGGGCUCAGCCUUGCAGUCAUGAACGGCAACGGUAGCAAUCACGCUGGUCGAGAUGACGCCUCCGUCCGCUCCUAUUCAUCCAGCAAACGCUCCCGCUCCAUCUACGCUCCCGAUAGGCAAAACUCUCUCGCUGAAGAUGUCUACGGCGAGGUGGCUGCCAGUUCGGGCAACGAGACUGAAGCCGAAGCUGCCUCUGGUUCCGAGCCCGACACACGAUCACUCGAACAAGUCUCGGCUGCAAGUCAUUCUCUCAUCAACGUCCUCAACAUGGCUCCCAGGGACGAGUCUCGCCCACCGCUCUUCAACGACGUCAACGACCAACUUAACAACCCUCAAGUCCUACAAAAGUCCGAUGACAAGACCAUCGUAGCCUACGUCAAGCGUCAAGGCGGCGCAGGCAGGGUCAUCCGAAGACUGGCGAAAGAUGUCAGCGAUCGUGAUGCUGAGAUCUCACGCUUGCGCAGAACAGUGGAAGAGUUCGGUACACUAUUCAAGGACCACCUGAUGGCUGUUCACGAGAUGUCAAGACUGGAGGCCGACAGGACAGUGCGCGACUCGCCAGUCUUCUCAAAGCCUUCCGCCAAUGAUUUACAAGAAGAGUUGGAAUCUGCUUCAUCGGAUAAUCUCUUUGGCGAAAGUCGUGCGGCUCUGGCCAGCGACUCGCUCACAGUCACGGCCAACACGCAAGCCUCUGUCUCGCCUCUUGUCAGGAAGGAUACCUCGACUAGCCCGAGUUUUCCUUCUGGUUCCUCGACUAUUCGCGCACCACGCAAUUCUGCUACCAACUUGAAGGUCGACACUCCGAGCAUCGCACAGACUACUCGCUCAAACUCCAUGUCAUCAUACAAACCACUGGAGAUGGAACAGAAGAUCGAAAACGACGAUCUGCCACCACCUCUGCUUGACAUGAAAAUCAUCAAAAUACUCUUCCGAGCCUUCAUCGCUGAUAACUACGGGUUCAUCAUUGAUGGUCCUCGUGUUCAACAGUGGCUCUGGUCUCUAGAGAGACACAGAUUUGUCUCCAAGAGUCGUACUACUUCAAUCCUCGCUCGAGCUACCUCCAAUACCCGUUCUGCUUCGAUUGCUUCUAUCGAGGAAGGCGAGAAUGAAGAAGCUAUUGAUGUCACAGCCCAAGAAGACGAAUCCGCCGAAGCAAAUGAAGAGUCUCGCCCAUGGCAUGAAUUCCUCAAAAUCGAAGUCACCAAGCAAGCUUUGCUUUCGCGUCUUCCUAUUCAACUGCAUGGGGCCAAGAUGACCGACAGCGCUAGCAUCUCGUCGGUCGAUACUGAUGAUGGCGUUCCACGACUGGAAGAGCUGUGCGAUCCUGCAGAUUUCACUACGCAUGCAGAGCAUUUGCGUGAUGAGAUCUCGGCCGAGUAUACUCAGCUGCAAGUUGCCAGAGAGCAAGCAUACGACCGCUUGAUGGCCAAGGUCGAAGAGCCGAAACUUGCUAGCAACAGAUUCUCGCGUAUUUUCACCACUGCGACAGAGACAAUGCGUGCCAAGAUCUGGUUGGAGAGUGCGCAGUCAAGCAUUCACUAUUCGCCUGAGGAUUUCAGCAUGUUGGCAGCCGAGUACAACACACACCCAGACGAUCAAAGAUAUCUACAUGAUAUCGAGAUGGACACACCUCGUACUCUGACCAACAAUGUUUACUUCCGAAAGGAGAAGAAUCAGGAUGGGCUUGCCCUGCUACUGGGCUGCUUUGCCAUCAGAAACAAGGACAUUGGGUAUUGUCAAGGCUUCAACAUCAUUGCUGGCUACCUGUUGCUCGCAAUGCCGACUACUGAACAAGCAUUCUGGGUCUUCUGCUUCCUCAUCGAGAAAGUGCUACCCGCGUCUUACUUCACUGCUGAGCAUGAUUGGCAAGGCCCGCGUGCUGAUACGAUCGUGCUUCGUCACUACAUUCAGGCUUUGUUGCCACGUCUUGGUGCUCACCUCGACGAGCUAGACGUCUUGGAGGAGCAGACAGUACCGAUCAACUGGUUCCUCACUGCCUUUGCAUCAACACUGUCAGUGGAAGCACUGUUCCGUGUAUGGGAUGUUGUGCUGGGCAUCCCUGGACAGAACCAACAAGUCUUCCUGUUGCAUGUGGCCAUCGCACUCCUCAAGCUCAACGAAGAGGAGUUGCUGAAGCUAGACUCGGCAGCUGCUGUCUACGAUUACAUGGACCGUAAGAUGGCUAGAGGUGUAGUCACUAUUGAUGGAUUGAUCCAAGCGUCUUCGAGACUGGGUCCGAUUGCUACGGCGAAGAGUGUUGAGAAGAGAAGAGCUGAGGCUGCCAAGACGCUCUGA